UUUUGUCAUUAUAUUAUUCGUAGUCUUUGGAAGUAAAUUAUGCCUUAAUCAUUGUCUUCCGUGCCCUAUGGUUCGGUUGAAUAGAAAACCUUGAUCUAUAGGUACUUGAUAUGGAUCAAUAUCUUUUUUGAUUUAUACUCGAACAUGAUGGUAAUCUGAGUUAAGACCUAAAUAAGUGCUUAUGUAACAUUUUAACGUCAUACCAACAAUAUCCUUUUUUUUUUAAUACAAGUAACGAGAUAUUGUAACCUAAUCUAAUCUGAUUAUUAUUUAUACAUUGGUCGGCAGUAGCCAAUUAGUAUGUAGUACCUGCAUUUUAUUCUGGCUAUAUAUUUAUUGCAUAUUUUACAAAAAAAAAAAAAAAAACGGUAUGACAUGAACAUGCAAAUGAACCUUACAAAUAAGGAAUAAUUUUGAACUAUGCAAUAUAAGUUAUAGUGACUAUAUAUAUAUAUAUAUAUAGAUUUUUCAAGCGUCUUUCAAUAAUUAUCGUUAUUAUAAAUACCAGCAAUAUACCUAUUACCUACCAUUGUCCAUUCUAAGCUUUGAUAAAUUUUUUAACGACCAACAUUAUAUAUUUCAAUGAGGAAGUACUGUAAAGAAUUCAGAAUAUAAAUUUAUAAUAAAUGGUUUAUGUGCUGAUAUUAUAAUAAUACCCGCGCGUCAUAUUCGGAUGUAAAUUCCUCAAGCUACAACAGCCGUUUCAAUUAUUUAUUCGAGCGUCUUUUUCUCUGCAAGAAGUCAAAACGAGUCAACUAGUACGAGGCCGAAAUCAUUUUCUAUUAAGACGAGGCGCAACCAUGGCGACCAGUGUAUAUACAUAGCCAGAGUGCCAGAAACACAUGGUGAAGGUUUUUACUGAAAACAAUGCAUACAGAAUUCAGAUUUUCGCUAACAAAGUUAUCAUCAAUAACUAACGAUUUUGAACUGAAUUGUUCAUAAAAUAGAUGGUCUCAGUGAAAUACAAUGACAUCUACUUCUGUGCGAAAUGGCCAAACCAUACUCGAAUUGGCUAUGUCUUCAAAGAAUCUUGCAUCCGACAUGGUACCAGUAGAGAGAACUUUGUUAGUAAUUGGGAGUAAAGAUGCGGGUAAAACUUCAUUAAUUCACUCAUUUUUUGACAAAAAUGAAAAACCAAAACCUACACUGGCCUUGGAAUAUUGUUUCGCAAGAAGAUCUGGAAAAAGUUUAACAAAGGAUAUUUGCCAUGUUUGGGAACUGGGUGGUGGUUUAGUUUUCAAAGAUCUAUUAUCCGUGAUAGUACAGAAAACGAGAGGCCGACGCUUGAGCGUUGUGUUGGUAUUGGAUCUAUCGAAGCCGGAUGUUCUUUGGAACACCAUGGAAAUGCUUCUUGAAGAAGUUAAGGUACACCUAGAAAAUGUACUAGAUAUUGAAGAAUAUAAUCAGAUUAAUGUUAAAAAUAUUGAGGAUAAAAAAUUCAUGUCUCCACUACCCAUACCAUUAAUGAUUGUUGGAAGUAAAUACGAUGUAUAUCAAAAUUUUGAACCUGCAAAAAAACGUGUGUUGUGCCAGUGUUUACGAUAUGUAGCACACACUUGGGGAGCUUCGUUGAUUUUCUAUGGUGUGAACGACACAAUUCUUGUGAAGGCAUCUAAGGAAAUGAUGUCACAUUACGGGUUUGGAACUCCUUAUCCAAAAAACCAUAUUUAUGAUUCAAAUAAAGCACUUUUAGUGCCUGCAGGGUCUGAUUGUUUUGAAAAAAUAGACAAUCUCAAUGAAGCUGGGAGCAUUAGAUCAAUGCAUAAGUAUAAGAACAUAUUUGUUUCAAAUUUUAAACAGGUUAAUGGAUAUAUCACUUUUUAGUUAUUUUAUAGUACAAUAUUGAAUUGAAUAGUGUUGUAGGAGUAAAAUUAAAAAAAACAUAUUUUUUGUAAAUAUGGAAUUAAUAUGCACCCAAAAAGCAAUUCAAUAUUUUAAUUAAACUUAGUAACUUGAAGGUUAUUAUAUUUUACGGUGUAAUUUGUUUUUACGUGAAAAAAAAACUUACUUGCUGUAGUUUUUAUAAAUUCAUUGGAGGUGCCUUGUGUUUACUACGCAAAGCAAUAUAAAUUAAGAUUUUUUUCUAAAAUUUUUUAAAAUUUGGAAAAUGUAUUUAAUAUAUUAUGAUUUAUGAGCAACAUAAUGCACAAAGUUCUUAUAAUAAAUAUCGUAAAUUAUAAAAUAAUAAUAAUUUUGAAAGAAUACUCAAAAUGAAUGUCAUCAGAAUAAUUUUAAAAAUUGUUGUUAUUUUAACUGUAAAUUCCAAAAAUUUCAAAAAAAGUCAAGGUUACUGACUACAGUGGCCAUACAAUUAUCACAAAAGAGAUUGUUGAUUGUUUUCUAAAAUAUAUAAAUCUACUAAUCUGAUGUGAUGUGUGUUUUUUGCAAUAAUUUCGAGAGAAAUCUAUAUAUUGUCAAUGAAUUCAUGAUAUCAGGAUUCCUAGAGAAGGUUAAUGUUUGAGUGUAGACACACUGUUUUCCUAAUGAAAUAAAGGUGAAGGUAUUAAAGGCGUUUAACUGGUUUUUUGAUAAACAUAAAUCACUUAAACAUAAUGCUUAAAAGAUUAAUUAUAGAAAUUGUUUUAAUCGUCUAGUUAUUUAAACAAACUAGUAUUUCUAAAUAGCAUUUAUAAACUCAUGACAUACAUUAUAAUUCUAAUCUGGAAGGUACUAUACAAAUGAGUUUGAAAUUGAAGGUCAAGAUAAAGCCUAUGUAGAAUAUACUAUAUCGUAUAGUUAAUUUAUCUUAGCAUUUAAUAUCUUUAUUAUAAGAAAUAUAUAAUUUAUAAUAAAGUAAUGUUUGUAUAAUAUAUUACUAUAAUUACUAUAACUAGAUAAAUAUUAAAUUAGUAAUGUACAAUUAUUAGGUAUAAAUCCAAAUGGAAAAAAAAUAGAGGGGAAAGUAUACGUAUUUGUUAUGCUGUAAGUUAGGUGUGAAUGUACCUUGUUACUUAGCAAGUCACUGUAAUGUAUGUGUUUAUUUCGAAUUCAAUGAUUAAUAAUACAGAUAUUUUUUUGUUGUUAUUCAAAAGUGAAUAAUUGUAGGUACUUGAAAUUUUUACAAAAUGUUUACAUUAUAAUUUUCAAAAUAUUUUGUGCUAUUUAUAGGCAUGAUAAAUUAAAUUUUUUUUUUUUUAAUAAAUUUCGAUAAAAAAUUAUUCACUUAGUAAAAUUCUUGAAGAUUUAAUACAAAACCUAACAUAAAUUAUUCUUAUAUCUGUAAUUAUGUUAUAUGUCGUGUUUCAUAAUAUAACAUAAUUGUUAAUUUAAUUCAAAUUUAUACACUUAAUAUAGUGACUCUGUCAACACCUAAUAUUUUUAAUUUAUCAUUCAAUUAUUUUUAUUAACUUUUAAGUUAAUACCGCCUUACCGUAAAACGGUGUAUACAGGUUCGUAGUAUGUCAAUACAGAAAUGGGUAUACCAUUAGUUUAAAAUUAAUCUAACCAAAUGUCACUGUGUAUGUAUAUAUUGUAUAUAUAAAUAAAAGUUUCAAGUACCAACUAAUAAUAUUUUUAAAUUUGAUACAACAAAAUAAUUAUUCUUUGGUUAAAUAUUUAAUGUUAUUUAAGUUUAAAGUUGAAAUGUCUAAAAAAAAAAUCUUAUGUAUCUUUAUUAUUUUUAAAUAGCUUUAAUAAUAAGUUAUAAAAAUCUGGUAUUAAAUUAUCAAAUUUUAGUAAGAGAAUACUAAAUAUUUUAGGAAUAUUUAAAUACAAAAUAGUUUUUAUUUGGAUUUUACAAAAUUUCUCAAAAUUUUAAAUUUAGAUGCUCAUAAAAAAAUAUUUGAGGAAUUCCUUUGAACUUGCUUUUUGAAUUGUAAUACCUAUCUAAUAAAAACUUGUGAGGAACGAUAUAAUAUUAUUAUAGGUAUAGUUAUACACCUUUUAACGAGUGAACAUUUAUUUUGUUUACCUACCAUUAUUGUUAAUAAAAUUGAACAUUGAACUUGAUUUUCUAGUUGCUAUAGGGAAUAGCUUAAAAAGAUUAGGUUUCAGUCAGAAUUAAAAAUAAUUUUUGUUAAUUUAUUAUUGUUAUAAUUAAAACAAAGCAUGAACUUCUUUAGUCUUUAUCUACAAACGUAUACUUUAAUUAAAUAUGUUCAAUAUUUUUCAGUUCUAUUUGUACUUAAUUUAAAUAAUGUUAUUAAUUAUUUACUACUUAUCAAAAUUUUAGUUAGGGAAAUAUAUCAGUUGGCUUACUUUGAAUAUUCAGAAGAGAGAAAGAGAGAGAGAGCAGAGAGAGAACAAAUAUACCAAUAAACAACAUGAUUUAAAAUAUUUUACUAAUUUUGUGGUUUUAUUUAAAUUCAAUAAUACAUUAGCAUAUUAUAUAUAUAAAUAAACUCCAACCAUUUAAUAUAACAUUAUUAUUUUGUAAUAAAUAAAUUCCGGGUAGUGUUUUGAUAUAAAAUAUAAUAAAUUAAUAAAUAAUAAUUAAAUAUAAAAUUUAUUUUCUUUUGUAUAAAAAAAUAUUGAUUAUAGUGUAUUUAGUGUAUAAACUCCGCAUAUGAUGUAUUUAUAAAUAACAGUGUUUAUCAACGAUGUUAGGUAUUUAUCUAUGUUGGUUUUAUUUAUUUUCAUCCUUAAAUUAUUAUUUACAUUUCUAGAUUCAAUAGAAUCAGGCACACACGCAUCGAGUAAAGAGAAUACAGAUCCAUUGAACGAUACUAAUUAUGCUGAUCCGUUGAUAGACGAAUCGUUGAGAAAAAAACAAGAGGUUUGUGAUAAAAAUAUUUCCACGGCCCAAUGUACAAAUUAUUAUCGUUAUAAUAUUUCGUAUAAUAGAACCAGAAUAGUUAUUGUGAUUUGAAAUUUAUGUUUUAGGAGCUAAAGCUGUUUGUGGACAAUUACGAAAAGUUUUUGAACACUGAAAAUACAAAACACACUUCGUAAUCGGUAUAAAACGUAGAAAAAAAAAAUAAUACAAAACAAAACAAAACAAGACGAAGGUAGGCACUAUAGGUACAUAUAAAUAUUAUACAUAAAUACAACUUACAAAAUAUAACUUAAUAUUAUGUCGAUUACGCUCAAAAAGUGAUAAAAAUCGAU